AUGGUGCCUCUAAUUAUGUCGGUUUCAAGAGAAGACAACCCCAGCAGCGCUUUUGAAGAGUUCGGCACGCACUUGUCCCUGUAUGAUGAUAGUUUCCAUUUUGUUGAGAAGCCAGUGCCAGCAGCGUCGUCUUCGCCGUUGCCAGCCGUGGAAGACUCUAAGGGUACACUGCCGCCAUCUGUCUUUUACCCAAUUUGCAAGAAUGCAGAAGAUGCCGCUGGUCAGGUCAAGGUCAAGCGGAAGUGUGGACGGCCAAGGAAUCCAAUCCCGCGCCACAAACGGGAAUCCCACAUCAAUGCCGAGCACAGGAGGAGGGGCAAAAUACAGGAUGGCUUCCGAACACUGAAAGGUAUGGUACCAAAGUACGAACAGAGCUCAGGACGGGACAGCAAGGCAGAUAUUCUGUUUAAAGCUGUGGACUACUGCAAGCUGCUGCAGAAUGACAUCAAGGAACUCGGCUCGACCAUCGAGGCUCUCCGAGAGGAGAAAGAUGCUGUCAGUGUGGACAUCAAAAACUACAAAACUGUUGUACCAGAUCUGAGUUUAUACGACGAUUCGUCGGUCAGCCUCGAUGAACACUACAGCGACUACGUGCAGUGCAAGUCCAAGGAACACUGGGCGUUUGCAACCUUCAAGGUUAUAAUGCGACCCUUGUUUGAGUCCUACAAACUCUGCGUGAGAGGGAAUUCCUUGGCAGAGUUCCUGCAAUCUGUAGCAGACUGGGCGGCAAAUUCGCUGAGUCUUUCCAAUCUUAGAACUGGUAAGUUUCGUUGUUGGAUUCUACUCAGUGGCGAUGAAUGA